UCGUGAUUUGGCUCUUUCAGUGAGAGGAACAUCCAUUUGUUGUGCCACACACAAACGCGAAUAAAACAAACCCAAUCAAAUUAAAACUACCUCAUUUUGCAAAUCGGUAAACUUUUUAAUAAAGGAAAAAUCAGUGAAAACACUCUACCUCAAAGUACAAAAGUGCGUGAAAGAAAUAUUUCAUAUCCUGAAAAGUGCAUAAGUUGCUCAAAUGAAAAUUUGUUGUCUAUGAUUUUAUAACUAAACAACUUAUUAAGCGAAUCGUAAAAGUGUAUUUGCUUUGGUGAAGAGGAAAUCGAAAGGAACAAAUACAGAAACAACGUAUUGAUGGUCAUAUCGAUGCUUCAAGACGCACAGACAAGAAACUUAGCUGCUGCAUUAGCUGGCAUUAAACGAGAGGAAGCCGCUGUUGAUCGAUCCAUGUCCUUAUCGCCCCCAAUGUCGGCCAACACAUCAGCUACCAGCGCCGCAGCAAUGUACCCAGCCAUGGGUCUCCAACAGGCGGCCGCUGCCUCAGCUUUUAGAAUGCUUUCGCCCACUCAACUCCUGGCUGCGAACCGUCAGGCUGCCGCUUUUAUGGCUCAGCUGCCCAUGAGCACUUUAGCCAACACUUUGUUCCCACACAAUCCGGCGGCUUUGUUCGGAGCUUGGGCAGCCCAGCAGUCGCUACCGCCCCAGGGCACGCAUUUGCAUUCUCCGCCAGCCAGCCCCCACUCGCCAGUAUCAACGCCCUUGGGCAGUGGCAAGCAUCCACUGAGUUCGCCCAACAGCACGCCCCAGCACCACGAGCCAGCGAAGAAGGCCCGCAAACUGUCGGUAAAAAAAGAGUUCCAGACGGAAAUCAGCAUGAGUGUAAACGAUCUGUACCACACAACGGGUGGACCUAUUUCUCCGCCUUCCAGCGGAAGUUCUCCCAAUUCCACACACGAGGGUACAGGUGGAAACGCUGGAGGAGGUGCUGCCUCCAAGGAUCCAUCGCGGGACAAGAGCUUCACCUGCAAAAUCUGCUCGCGCAGCUUUGGCUACAAGCACGUCCUCCAGAACCAUGAGCGCACACAUACCGGUGAGAAGCCUUUUGAAUGCCCGGAAUGUCACAAACGGUUUACCCGCGACCAUCAUCUAAAAACUCAUAUGCGUCUGCAUACUGGAGAGAAGCCAUACCAUUGCUCGCACUGCGAUCGUCAGUUCGUUCAGGUGGCCAAUCUUAGACGGCAUUUGCGGGUUCAUACUGGAGAGCGUCCCUAUACUUGCGAAAUCUGCGACGGCAAAUUUAGUGACUCCAAUCAGCUGAAGUCCCACAUGCUGGUCCACAAUGGCGAAAAGCCGUUCGAGUGCGAACGUUGCCACAUGAAGUUCCGACGGCGCCAUCAUGUGAUGAAUCACAAGUGCGGCAUCCAGUCACCGCCUACUCCGGCCCUGUCACCAGCUAUGAGUGGAGAUUAUCCCAUGGCGGUCACCGCAAUGGCUCUUGAGUCAUCUACCAAUAAAUUCGCUGCAAUGUGCGCCAGCUAUGGAGGUUCGGAAGAGUCGGUUGACUUGGAAAAAGGUACUAUGGAAGACGAUGCCCCAUUGGAUUUGUCUGAGGAUGGAGCCAGCUCCGUAGACGGCCAUUGUAGCAACAGCAUCGCGAGACGCAAGGCCCAGGAUAUUCGCAGAGUAUUUCGCCUACCGCCUCCUCAAAUCCCUCAUGUUCCCAGUGAUAUGCCCGAACAAACCGAACCUGAGGACUUAAGCAUGCACUCGCCCCGAUCUGUAGGAUCUCAAGAACAACCCGAAGAAAUUGACUUGGAUGAUUUGGAUGACGCCGCUGCCCUCUAUCUGCGCCAGCAUCAUCAUUAGACCAGUCCAACACCGACGUGUACAUAGCCAGUGAUUAGUUUUCAUUAGAUGAAAGAAAGUGGCUGGCAACGAUCCACACAAAAUUGAAAAUUUUGCCAUUUCAAAGUGGAUAGUCAAAAGUUUUGCAACAGGAAUUUAAUGCUUAGUACAAGUAACUAAAAAUCAACUUCAUAUAAGAUUUUAAAGAAAUAAUAGCAUAUUGAUCAAAACACAAAAAAAACACAAAAGUUGUACAAAAUUAGCUAAAUAUGCCAUAAGCCUAUCGCCCUUUAUCGCCAAACCCCACCAAAUCGAAUCGAAAAUGUCGUGCCAUUCUUAACAUCUCAUUUAAGUUGUAUCUUUAGGUUUAUCAAAACCCUUAAAUUGUAUAUACCCAGCUUAUGCAGCUGCCAAUUGUAAAUUAUUCGGCGCUCCAAAAAUUGUAUUACAAAAUUAUAAGACACAAAACAAAAAACAUAAAGUCUAUCGAAUGUUUUUAAUUAAUAU